AUGUAUUCUACAUUUUAUCAAGAUUUGUCAAAUAAUUUCAGUUCGUUGCUGAGCUCAGAGUUUGAGUAUAAUGUUAUAAUCGAUGUAGGAAAUGGUGCAGACCACAAAGAAUUUCAUGCUCACUCUGUUAUCCUUUAUAGUAGGUCACAAUAUUUUCAAACGUUAUUUUCAUCUUAUAAAGUUGAGAAAAAGGAUGGGAUAUCUAUUAUUAGGUUUCCAGGCAUAAGUGUAAAUACAUUUCAAGCCAUCAUAAUUUAUAUAUAUACCGGAAGUAUUGACCUGACCAACAAGGAGGGAAUCGAAAUAUUAAAUAUUUUGUUCAUCUCUCAACAAUUCGCUUUAAGCGCCCUAACUAAAUUCAUUGAACAAUAUCUCAUCGAAAACCAUUCAGAAUAUUUAAGGAAAUGUCCAGUGGAAACCCUUCAGAGUAUUUUAUUUAGCAAGUCCACCUUUAAAGAUUUACAGGAAAUUUCGCCAAGACUCACAAAGAAUGUGAGUGAUGAUAUUGAUUCAAAAUUACUUGAACAUAAGCAUUUUCUUACACUUGCCAAUUGGAUAGAUGACAAGGAUGAAGAUGCUGCUUACAUUAAAAAUAUUCCAUAUAAUUUUCAACUGGUUUAUCGAACAUAUAGUCCUGGUAGUUGUUCUAUUGAUGAUCUCAUGAAGAAAACUGGGUCGGAUAGUAAUGAUUCUUUUAUUAUAAUAUGUGUUCCGGGUGAUCGAGGCAAGUUACAUAACAUAUCAGGUGGAUUAAAGCAAUCUAAUUAUAGAUCAGGAGGGUAUAUUCAUGAAAAUGAUUGGAAUGACACAACUGGCACAAAAAAUUUUUUGUUUUCUAUUAAAAUCGAUGAUGAUACGUAUGAACCGAUGAUUAUUCGGAAUAGCGAUAAAAAUAGAUUUUAUCACUCAUUUAUAGAGGCGUUCAAAUCCUCUAUGGGUUUUAAAGAAGAUGGUUCCGGAAAGUUCUAUUCAUGGGAAAUAUUUAAAUUGGAAAGGAUAGCUAUUACGAAUAAAUUGAACUCCAAUAAUAAUUUAGAGACGAAAAGUUUAAGUAACAGGAAAUCAAAAAAAUUUGAGUUAUUUAGUAGUUUGAAGUCAAAGAUUAGUUGA